GAGUUACUUUAUGAGUUAAUUAUCAGACACGUGAUAACCAUUGAAAUAAAGUAUAAACUAUAAAAAUAUUAACGUAUAAGGUAAUUAUAUAAGGGUUUUUCAUCUCUUCAGGUAUGGGUAUUAUUCGGUUUUCGGUUUGGUACGGAUUCGGUUCUGAUUCUUCAGGUAUAAAAUUUUAGUAUCCAAUUGAAAAACUCAUAAAUUCGGUACAAGUUUUUUUUGGAUAUGUUUGGUUCGGUAAUUUAGUUCCGGUUUUUUGGCCACCCCUAAAUAAUAUGUUGAAGUUGUAAUAAAUUAAUAAUGUGCAGCCACCCCAAUACUAGAUAGGUAAUAAUAUGUUGAAGUUGUUGUGUUGCACCUAUGUAUAGGGGCUUCAACAAUCUCACAGUGUCUAUGCUUUCAUUAAUAAAUUAUUUGUAUCAAAAUUAAGUUAUUCACUAUGUUAAUACAUUGAACGGAGUAAAUAUUUUGGCAAGUGAUAAACAUUAAAAUUUUGACCCAUGUUAAAAAAAAGAAUUCUGGCUCGGCCAUUGAUCUUUCAAAAUGGUCUGUGACCACUCCAAUACGAGAGAGGUAACUAAGGUAUCUCUAAUCCUAUUUUAUAUUUUAUUCCAACUAAAAAAAUAUAAUAAAAAUAAAAUAAUAAAUAAAAAAUAAUAUAAUAAUAUUUUUGUUUUUUGUUCAUCACUCUAUUUAGUAUUUUUUUAUUUUUUUAGUUUUGGAGUAAAUAACCGAGUAAUGUUGGAGCUCCUCUAAUAAUACAUUGAUGUUGAAGUUGAAGUUGCAAUAAAUUAAUAAUGUGCACCCACUCCAAUACUAGAUAGGUAAUAAUAUGUUGAUGUUGUUGUGCUGCACGUAUACAUUGGGGGCUUCAACUAUGUCAGAGUGUCUAUGCUUUCAAGAAUAAAACACUAUUCACCGUUAUAAUAUACUCAUUAUGUUUUAAAAUAAAUGAUAUUUAAGAAAAAAGUUUUUUAUGUUUCAAAAUAAUGAUUUUCUAUUUUAACGUAACUUUUAACUUUAUCAAAAAUUGUGUGACCAAUGAUAUUUUGUAUUCAAUUUUGUAAUUAGUUAAAAUAAAUUUUAAUUUAUAUUUUAAUCAUUUCAAAAAAAAAAAUUUCUUAAUUAUUGUGCACUAUCCGAAGUAUUUUGAAACGAGAAAAAAAUACAUUAUUUGAACACUAAGUUUCACUGUACUUUGAGAUGAGUUUGAAGCACAUCUGAGGGGACUCCAGUCAACUUUUGUUUUCUUCUUGCCUCUUGGAACUAUUAAAGUACUUAAGAGCAUUUAUCAAUUUCAUUUUCUCAGUAAGCUUGUGCACUAUCCGAAGUAUUUUGAAACGAGAAAAAAAUACAUUAUUUGAACACUAAGUUUCACUGUACUUUGAGAUGAGUUUGAAGCACAUCUGAGGGGACUCCAGUCAACUUUUGUUUUCUUCUUGCCUCUUGGAACUAUUAAAGUACUUAAGAGCAUUUAUCAAUUUCAUUUUCUCAGUAAGCCUCGAAACAAAGAAAAAUGGCAAUCUCUUUGCUCUGUCUUUUCCUCAUCGCCAUUGCUUCCUUAAUCUUUGUUGGAAAGAAGAUGAAACGCUAUAAAUGGAAUCUUCCUCCAAGCCCUCCACAGUUACCGAUCAUCGGAAACUUACACCAAGUUGGAGAGUUGCCUCACAGGUCACUUCAACGCCUAGCUCAAAGAACGGGACAUGUCAUGCUUGUUCACUUAGGUAUGGCCCCUAUAACGGUAGUCUCAUCAAAAGAAGCAGCUGAAGAAGUGCUCAGAACUCAUGACCUAGACUGUUGCACGAGGCCUAAUCUUGCCGGACCGAGGCUAAUCUCUCGGGGUUUUAAAGAUAUCGGGUUUUCGCAAUACAGUGAAGAGUGGAAAGAGCGGCGUAAGUUUUUGGUGCGCGAGCUUUUCUCUUUGAAAAAGGUUCAGUCUUCAAGAUAUAUCAGAGAGGAAGAGUGUAACUUCAUGGCCAAGAAACUGUCCGAAUCCACCGUUGAUCGAUCUACAGUCGAUUUGAGCAAAACCCUUUACUGGCUUACCGCGAGUAUUUUCUUUAAACUUGCUUUUGGACAUAGUUUCCACGAGAGCAAGUUUGUGGAUCAAGAAAAGAUAGAUGAGCUCGUGUUCGAAGCCGAGACUGCCCUAGCUAGUUUCACUUGCUCUGAUUUCUUCCCUGUUAAACUCAAGAGAAUACUGAAUAUUUGUGUGUGA